AUGCUUUAGGAAAGAUUAAGAAACUUCAAGGAACUCCAAGCUAAAUUUCAAAAGCUUGAUGAGCCAUCUCUUCUAGAACCUAUUAAAUUCCCAGCAGGUGUUUCUCAAAAGGGUGGCAUUGGAAGCACACAGUCAACAAGAAUUUUGGCAAAUGGGAAACCUCUCUCAUCCAACCACAAUCAGCCCUCACCAUAUUGUCCCAGUGGUGAACCCCAGCCUCCUAAACUCCAGAAAAUGAAAUUGGCCCAGAAGAGCGAGAUUCAGGAAUGUUCUAAUUCCCCAGGAAGGUCUUCUGGUUCUGCAGUAAAUUCACAAAAGGUUUCUGCGCUUUUAGACAUGAAUCAGUCAAAUGCCGAGAUGACCAAUAAGAAGAAAGUAGUGAUGAUCAGUAGCUUCAGAGACAAGCUCUUGAACUGGGAGAAGGCUUCAUCUCAGAAAAGCGAGAUGUCCUCAGCCUUCCCCCUUGCCAAUUGUGGAAGUAGGGCCUUCCAUCUGCAAGAGCAGAAGACCAUGGGACUUACCCCAAAGGAGCCCAGGGGAAAGCUGGAAAUGAAAGGAGCCCAGACUCUUCCUCCCCCGGGGCACUUGAUGGUUCAAAGGAAAUCACAUCCCCCCUCAGAAGAGCCCACGUUUUUACUUUCUCAACAUGGAAGGAAGAACCUAGAACAUACUGGCCCCAAGGGGAGCCCCGUAGCAAGUGCCUGCCAGCCUAUUUACGAUAAUGAGCUCACCAAUCACAAUCCAGACUGGGAAACACAAAUGCCUCCUCGGGCUGAGCGGGUUAUAAACAGUUUAAGUAACCUUUUUUUCUCCAUGUUUCUCAGUGCUGAAUUGGAAGAACCACAUAAUUAUGAGGCAACAAUUUCAUAUCUGAGAUACUCUGGCAACUCCAUUAACCUGUGCACCACACAAGAAAUUGCUGAUUCAACUUAUGAAGUUGAAAUCGAAGAACUCCAAAAGCCUUGGAAGAGUUUUCUCCAUCAAGAACUUAGCCCUACACAUGAAGAUAAAACAAUGAAGGAAAAAGACCCAUGUGAAUGGAAACCUCAAAAAACAGAAAAGGAUCUACAUUCAAACCGUCUUUCCAAGGUAGGUGCCUAUGAAGGGACACCUGGAAAAAUCCAGAUGAUGAAAAGUGAGUAUGUGGAGGCUUUGGCAGUGACUAAAGAAACACCAGGCCAAGGAGCCUUUAAGCCAAGUUCCAGCUCAGAGGAGAUAUAUGAUGAUGUUGAGUACCCGGGGAGAGAGGAAUCAAAGUCAGAAACCCCUAACUCAUUUGCCUCAGAUAAUGAAGAAAAUAGUGAAGAAAUGUAUGACGAUGUCUACAGAACAACGAGCAACUCCCCAAAGAUAGAUUUAGAUGGAAAAGAAGCACUUAAAAGACUGCAGAGAUUCUUCAAAAAAGAAAAGAAUAGGUUUAAGAUGAAGAAAACGAAGUCAAAAGGAAAUAUAAGUGGAUUUUCCAUUUCGCUGCCUGAUUUAGAAUUUAGGUCUCAGGAAGUUAUUAUCAAUGAAGAUGUGGACAUAAAUGAAAAAGAAUCAAAAGAUGAAGAUAAAGUAAAAACUUGGAAACCCAAGUUUUUAAUACCAAAGGGAAAACAAGAGAAAAAAGGUGCUGAAGAAUCUGAAAGUUUAUCUCCUAGAAGUUUCUUCAGAGCCAAGAAGCAAAACUUAGAAAAGAAGAGAAUGGAAAGAGAAAAACAUUUUAGAGAAAGAUUUAAGUAUGACAAAGAGAUUACUGUCAUCAACACAGCAGUGGCAUGUUCCAGUAACUCAAGAAACGGAAUAUUUGACUUGCCAAUAACCCCUGGAGAAGAACUGGAAGUCAUUGAUAUCACUAAAGAAAAUCUAUUGAUAUGUCGCAAUUCUAAAGGCAAAUAUGGAUAUGUGCUAAUCGAACAUCUAAAUUUCAAGCAUCAAGGUUGGUCGCCUUAGGAAGAUCAACAUCAUGUGUGUGGAUGCACAAGUGAGAACCGGGUCUGAAAUCUCACGCCUACCUCCUGUCAGUUUCAGCUUACAUGUCAAAAUGAGAGGGUGGAAUCUGUGGCAACUUUCGUUAGGAACUUAGGAAAGAAAAUAAACACAAAUCCUCCACAUUUA